GAAACCAUGGGACCAUGAUAGCAUGAUAGCAUGAGAGCAUGAGAGAAUUAUAGCAUGAGAGCAUGAUUGCAUGACAGCAUGAGAGCAUUAGAGCAUGAUAGCAUGAUAGCACGGGAGCAUGGGAGCAUGAUAGCAUGAUAGCAUGAGAGCUUGAUAGCAUGAGAGCAUGAUGGCAGGAUAGCAUGAUAGCAUGAUAGCACGAAAGCAUGAUAGCAUGGGAGCAUGAGCGCAUGAUAGCAUGAGAGCAUGGGAGCAUGGGAGCAUGAUAGCAUGGGCGACUUACCAGCAGAUGUUGCAGAUCUCCUCACCGCCUCCCGCCUCCUUGCCCUAACUAAACCCGGAGGAGGCACACGGCCCAUCGCUAUCGGCGAAACAAUCUACCGCCUGGCAGGCAAAGCGGCCCUCUACUCCUCAGCCGAGCCUGCCCGCAACCACUUCCUCCCCCUCCAAUUCGGGGUGGCCGUCAUGGGAGGGGGCGAGGCCAUUAUUCACGGCGCACGCGCCUUUGCCUCAGAACUCCCGGAGUCGCUGAUCGCCCAAGUUGAUCUAGCCAACGCGUUCAAUAGCGCCGCCAAGGUGCUCAACCAGUUUCGGCAGCGGUGGUCGGUCGCCCUCCAGCGCGGACAGUCCCUUUCAUACCUCGGCAAGUAGCGGGCCUUGUAGACCGGGUCGUCGCCAGGGAGGAGCUUGACCCGAAAUACCCAUUUGCCCUUGACCACGUUGUGGUUGAGAGGGCGGGGUACGUCGAUGAAGGUGCCGUUGCGGACAAAGGCCUCA